AUGUCACCUUCUACAGGUCGUCAAAAUAUUCCAUUACGGGGUCAUCGAGACCAUGGAGACUUUUUUGAAAAUUACAAUGAAGGUAAUUCUAUUGUAAAUAAUGGAAAUUUUCGUGAACUUCUCAACUACAGAAUAAAGGCUGGGGAUUUAGUUUUAGAAAAUCAUUUGAAGACAACACACUCUAAAGCAACCUAUAUAAGUCCUGUCAUUCAAAAUGAACUCAUUGAUUGCUGCAAAUCAAUAAUUAUAGAAAACAUUUUAGAGGAAGUAAAAAUAUCAAAAUAUUAUAGUAUUAUUUUUGAUGAGACCACUGACAUCAGUCAUACAUCACAAAUGAGUUUGGUACUCCGAUAUGUAUCUAAAGGGGUUGUGAAAGAAAAUUUUAUUUCUUUUAUUGAUUGCCAUGCUUAUGCAUAUAAUAAAAAAUGUACUUUAAUUGGAGAUGAUGAGGAUGAAAAUGAUAGUAUUAAAGAAAAAGAUAUCAAUUUUGAACCAAAAUUAAAUGGUGACAUUUUGGGUGAAACAGUAAUUUCUUUAUUAAAAAAUUAUGGCCUUGACCUACAAUAUUGUGUUGGAGUUGGAACUGACGGCUGUUCGGUAAUGGUAUCAGAAGUGCGAGGCGCAGUUAAAAAAAUUCAGUCAUAUGCCAACAAUGCUAUCCAUAGCCCUUGUUCAAACCACGGUCUGAAUUUAUCUAUAUCUAAGUCAUCUACAGUUCAAUCUAUUAGAAACAGUGUCGGACUAAUGAAAGAAAUAUUACAGUUCUUUAAUUGCUCAUCAAAAAGAAAUUUUGUUUUGAAAACAAUUUUGAAUGGUCAGCCACGUUUAAUAAGCUUAUGUGAGACCCGUUGGACUGAACGCCAUGAUAGUGUUAUGGUAUUCAAAACAUCUAUACCAUAUAUAAUAAAAAGCUUAACAAAAAUUUCUGAAUGGCAAGAAUCUGAUUCAUCGUCUAAGGCUAGAACUUUAUUAAUAGCUUUAUGUAGUUGUGACUUCAUAAUUUCAAUUCAUACUUUAGCAAAUAUUUUAUGUGUGACAGCACCUGUUAGUCGUAUUCUCCAAGGUCUGAACAAUGAUAUAUUAAAUGCUAAAAACUGUAUUGAUGAUAUAAUAUUUAGUUUAGAAAAUAAACGUACCAAUUGUCUACAAAUAUUUGGAAAUAUAUAUCAAGAGUGUGUGUUGUUAAUGAACGAAAUGGAUAUUGAAGUUAAAACCCCUAGAUUAUCAAAAUAUCAAACAAAACGCUCUAAUCAUCCAGUAAAUAAUAUAGAAGAAUAUUAUAGAGUAUCAAUAUUUAUACCAUUACUGGACAAUAUCCUAGAAGAUUUAAGAUCAAGAUUUAUAAGAAAACAAAAUAAGAUGUUAUUAGAUUUAUGUUUGUUAAUUCCACGCUACAUCACUGUCAUUUCUAAUGAAGAUUUUAAAAAAAUAACAGAAGCUGCCACAGAAUUAUUUUUAUUUAAUAAGGAAGACUCUAUUGAUCAAAUGCAGCUACAAACAGAACUAGAGAUUUGGAAAACUAAGUGGCAACGAAUAAAAUCUGAUGGUCAUGACGUUUGUCAAGAUGCUUUGUCAUCAAUAGAAAAUUGUAAUAAUAUCAUUUAUCCAACUGUACAUAAAUUACUUAGUAUAAUUGCUUGUUUGCCUAUUAGUGUAGCAUCCGCAGAACGCAGCUUUUCUACGCUUAGAAGAUUGAAAACAUGGUUAAGAUCCAAAAUGGGGCAAGAACGCUUGACUGGUUUGGCUUUGCUAAACAUACAUCAUACUAUAACUAUAUCAAUAGAUGAUGUUAUAAAUAGAUUUGCUAAUAAAAAAAAUAGAAAUAUAGAUUUUGUUUUAUAAA